GUCGAGUCAGUCUCCCUCGACCUCUACGAGAAUCAAACCUUCGCCCUCCUGGGGCCCAACGGAGCUGGGAAGUCGACAUUGCUCAACAUGCUCACGGGGAUUGUGAGCCCUUCCGGCGGGAUGAUCAGCAUUUUCGAUCACGUCCUGGAGGACAUGAACAGCAUCGAGAAGCUGCGAGAGAUCCUGGGCUACUGCCCGCAGGAAGACAUUCUGCUCGAUGACCUGACCGUCAAGGAACAUCUCAAGUUCUUCGCAGGGCUGAGGGGCCUGAGAGGUGCCCUGCUGAGAAAAGAAGUCGCGAGGCGCUGCGAAGAGAUGGACCUGGGGAGCGUGAUGCAGGAAGCAGUGAAGAAUUUGUCGGGGGGGAUGAAGAGGCGACUGUCGGUCGCCCUGGCGCUCACGGGCGAUCCCAAGUUUGUGGUCCUGGACGAGCCAUCGGCAGGGAUGGACGCCAAGAGCAGACACGCUCUCUGGCGGGCCCUCGCUCACAACAAGAAGGACCGUGUGCUGAUUGUGUCGACCCACUCGAUGGACGAGGCUGACGCCAUCGCCGACCGGAUAGGAAUCAUGGUCCACGGCGUCCUCAAGGCGUGUGGAGAGCCGUUAGAGCUCAAGGUCAAAUACGGGCUGGGGUACAAGCUGCACUGCGUCUUCAAUGACUGCAGCGAG